GAACAUUUUUAUUGACUUCCAAAACUGCUUAAGAAAAGGGACUCAUGAGGCCAGGGGUUGCCAAUCCGGCCCCCGAGGACCCCAUUUGUAGCCCCCAGUGUGCCAGAGCAGUUGGAAUUUUAUUGCUUUUUUAAACAUUUGCAUAUCACGAAGCAUCUUCUUCAAAACCAAAGCAUAGUCGGUUCCCACCAAUUCUCAUCUUACCAAAUAUCCGACCGGUAAGAAUAAACAACACUGAUGACCAAAAGAGAGCAUCUCUCCAAGGUCCUCCCUCAGCUUGCGUUGCCCCCACCCCCAAGCGUCCACUGGGAUGAUGACAAAUUUUAGUCAAUGUGCGCUCCUGAGGGGUGGAGACAGCUUCAGCCCGCUGCCUUAAACGACCCAUCGGUGCCAUAACCACAGCCUCCAGCCACCGAACGAGUUUGCGCUUCUGUGUUCAAAAGAAAACAAACGGUGAAGCUUUGGGAUCUUAAUGUUGUACCAUGUGUAAAGGACUUGCAACACUUCCUGCAACAUGCCUGAAAAGUGCCAAAGACAUCAAACACAAAAUAAGCUUCUUGCUGCACAAGCAAGAGUCUCAAGAAGUGGACCAAAAGCAGACAAAAGAAAAGAAUGAAGAAGCUGCAGAAAGGGUGCCAACUGCUGCCGAGGUGGAGAAAUGGAAGGAAUCGUUCAGCAAUGUAAUGAAGUCUGAAUUGGGUCGUGCAGUCUUUAUGAGCUUCCUGAGGUCAGAGUUCAGCCAAGAGAACAUGCAGUUCUGGCUUGCUUGUGAGGACUUCAAGAACACUCCAGCAUGCCAGUUGGAGAAGAAAGCAAAGUCCAUCUACGGGCAGUAUGUGGCCCAAGACGCUCCAAACGAGGUGAACCUGGAAGGUGUGACCAGAGAGGAAACACGCCAGAACGUCAUGAGCGCCUCUCCCCGAUGUUUUGAUGAGGCUCAGAGGAGGAUCUACCUCUUGAUGGAGAAAGACUCCUACAGACGUUUCCUGCACUCCAAAUGGAUCCUCGAUUUGAGUCAGGCCAACGCUUCUGUUGUGCGGAAGAAACCAAAAAGUGACUGCGCCGCGGUGGCGACCGGGCAGGAACUGGCGGGCGGUGCCUAGACGGGAAGGAAGACGGGAAGAACGUUUCAACAACUUGCAUGCAAGAAGUUGGUCGUGCUGUUAGCAAGGUUUCAAGAGCACAUUUUGAUGUUCAGAGAA